CUUCGACAUUACCUCAUUCAUCCAAGGGUUGUCGCUGGUCUGCAUCGGGAAUCAAUUAACCGGGAAGUGAUUAGGAAGAAAAAGAAGGAGAUGUCUUACAAUCAAUUUCAAAACAAUGGAUUUACGAUGCCCAGCAGAGAGAACUUAUGCCCAGUUGCCGCCACACACCCAUUAGGCACAUCCAAACAAAAUCCAAACUUCCGCAUUAAGUGGACUCCUAGUCUUCAUUGGAUAUUUGUCGUGGCCGUUGAGCGGCUUGGAGGAGCUACUGAGGCCAAGCCUACAGCCAUCGUUCAAGCAAUGGAAACAAUGGGAGUUUUUGGCCUCACCCUUCAACAGGUGAAGAGCCACCUUCAGAAAUACAGGAACCAAAGCAAAUAUGAGAAGAGGGAACAACACAAACAUGGAAGUGAAAGUGAUGAAACUUUGUCAACCUUUUUGGUGCCAUCUCCAGACAUCAGGGACCAUGAAGUUCACGCCUGCAAAACAAGUCUGACAGAAGUAGGCAGACAAAUCCUGGAAGAAAUAGAGGUUGAGGACUUCAUGCUGCAGCUUAACGGAACCCCACAAGACACAUAUAUGGAAUCUUUAGUCGAGGAUCCAUAUGAUAAGGCGAUUAGAGAGUUUCUGAAUGCUUAAGUAUUUAAUUUACUCCUGAGUGAUCUGUCUAGUUUACCUUGUCUCCUUAUUACUGGGUGUGUAUGACUUAAAACUAAUCUUAUCUUGAGAGUUCUAUAUAUACAUAAAUGGAAGACUGCUUGAGUAUUCCUGUUGCUGA